GUGAUGCUCAGUUCUCACUCCAGUUUACUUUCAUUUCAUUUUGGGGUGAAGGGUUUAGAGAAGCAAAGAUGAAUGAAGCUCGCCCACGUUAUGUCAUCAAUCGUCCAGCUUAUUCUAGCAACUACUUCGAUGAAGAGUUUGAGAGGAAAAGUAGAAGUUAUCCCCUUGGAGAGAAAAUAAAGAAUCUUUUCAGAUGUUCACCAUCCAGACUCAAACUCAUCCUGUACAGCCUGUUUCCCAUUCUUGUAUGGCUACCAAAAUACAAAAUCAAAGAUUACAUUUUGCCUGAUGUCCUUGGUGGAGUCAGUGCUGGGACUAUUCAAGUGCCUCAAGGCAUGGCCUUUGCUCUGCUGGCCAAUUUACCUCCUAUCAAUGGGCUCUAUUCUUCCUUCUUCCCUCUAAUAACUUAUUUCUUGCUUGGAGGUAUUCAUCAGAUGGUCCCGGGCACUUUUGCAGUCAUCAGUAUUAUUGUGGGGAAUGUCUGCCAUGAGCUGGCUCCUGAUUCUGAAUUCCAGUAUUUCAACCAUACGGCCAAUAAGAUGAUGAUUAACCACACAGCCAUGGAAGCUGCAAGAAUGGAGAUCUCUGCUACUUUGGCUUGUCUGACAGCCAUAAUACAGAUAUGCCUGGGAUUCGUGCAGUUUGGCUUCGUUGCUAUCUACCUUUCAGAAUCCUUCAUUAGAGGUUUCAUGACAGCCGCCGGCCUACAGAUCCUUAUCUCUGUGCUCAAAUAUAUCAUUGGUGUGACGAUUGAUUCCUACACAGGGCCCCUUGCCAUUGUCUACACUUUUAUCGAUAUUUGCAAAAGCCUGCCUAAGACCAAUGUGGCCUCCCUGGUGUUUGCCUUGAUCAGCACUGUACUCCUGAUAAUUGUGAAAGAACUGAAUAUGAAAUACAUGAAGAAGAUCCGAGUCCCCAUUCCCAUGGAGAUCAUUAUAGUCAUAGUAGCUACUGCAGUUUCUGGAAGCUUUAAUAUGUCUGAGAAAUAUGACAUGCCAAUUGUUGGACAUAUUAAUAUGGGCUUCCCAUCUGCCACUCUUCCCCUGGUGGGCAAGUGGAAAGAUAUGAUUGGCACUGCUUUUUCGCUAGCCAUUGUGGGCUAUGUGAUCAAUCUGGCUAUGGGCAGAACUCUUGGAACCAAGCAUGGCUAUGAUGUGGAUCCCAACCAGGAAAUGCUGGCCCUGGGCUGCAGCAACUUUUUUGGAUCCUUUUUCAAAAUCCAUGUGAUCUGCUGUGCUCUUUCAGUGACCUUAGCUGUGGAUGGAGCUGGAGGGAAAUCUCAGAUUGCAAGUUUUUGUGUGGCGCUGGUCGUGAUGAUAACCAUGUUGUCUUUGGGAACCUACCUCAGUCCCCUUCCUAAGUCUGUGCUGGGAGCCUUGAUAGCUGUGAACCUGAAGAAUUCUCUCAAACAACUCACAGAUCCUUACUAUCUCUGGAAAAAAAGCAAGUUGGACUGUAUGGUUUGGGUGGUGAGCUUCCUGUCAGCUUUCUUCCUGGGCUUGCCCUUUGGACUUGCCGUGGGAGUGGGCUUUUCCAUCCUGGUGGUGGUUUUCCAUACCCAGUUCCGCAAUGGAUCUGUCCUUGGCCCUGUAGCCUCUUCUGAUAUAUACAAGAAUCCCAAAGUUUACAACAAGGUCCAAGAAAUAGAUGGGAUUAAAAUCGUUACCUACUGCUCCCCACUGUACUUUGCUAAUUCAGAGAUAUUUAGAGAGAAAGUUAUUGCCAAGACUGGUGUGGAUCCCAUAAAAGUCUAUUUGUCCCGGAAAAAGUAUGUGAAGCAUCAGGAAAAGGUGACAGCAGUACUACAAAAAACAAGCAAACUAAAAUCUCUCUUCAGGAAAAACAAGACUAUGUCUUUGCAAGAGCUCCAGAAGGAUUUUGGAAGUAUUUCUCCAACAGAUACCAACAACAACCAGACAGCUGCCAAUGGCAACAGCAUCUCCUAUGUAGCCUUCAAUCCAGAGCCGAACACUGCGAGGCAGAUCAAUGCCUCCUGUGAACAGGAAAGCACUGCUAGUCACCGGAGCAGUACCUGCAGUGUUAUCCCAGCCUCAAACAUUGAUCCUAUGUCCACAGCACCUCCAUUUGUCAACUUCCACACAAUUAUCCUUGACAUGAGUGGAGUUUGCUUUGUGGAUCUGAUGGGCACAAAAGCUUUGGGAAAGCUGUGUACCAGCUAUCAGAAGAUCGGCAUUAAAGUCUUCCUGGCAAAUAUACCCGCCCAAGUGUAUGAUGACAUUCGCACAGGUGGAGUAUUUGAAGAAGGAGGCCUUGAGCCCAGUCAUCUCUUCGUGACCAUCCAUGAUGCUGUUUUGUUUGCAACAAUGAAUGGCAACAGAGCUAUAUGCCGUCCUGUCUUAGAGCAGAGGACAAGUCAGAUAGAAGUCUCUAUUUCUGAUGAUUCUCUGGAAGACAGCAGUGCUGAAUUCCAAAACUUGGAAGAGGAAAUGUUUGGAAGCAUUUUUCAUUCGGACACACAGACAGCACUGUGAGCUCAUUAAGAAGACUCAUGUGAUGGGAAAUUUCUUGACCAUUACAUUACAAAGAAAGGUUCCUGUGUCUGAAUUGCAAGGACAGUGGCCUUUGUGCAUCUUUGGCAUGGGACCAUUUUGCAGCACAGAGGCCAUAGUGUCACUCUUACCUGACAUUGUCUUUUUCGUCCAUUCCUCUCUGGUCAGAGCAACUGAUUCUUGAAGCAGUUGGCAGGGGUAACGGAAGAAGGAACUCAGGGAAUACCCUUUGUCAAUCUAGAAGAAGCAGAAGAGUAG